AUGUCCUUAACCUGUGAACUGAAGGAUAAUGAGAGACCUGCUCGUCAUCAGGGUACCAACGCAGAGGAUUGGAACCCAAUCUUUGAGAUUGAGGCUGUCCUAGAUGCUAUGGAUCUACCCGUUUACUACAAUUUUGCGGACAAGGAGGCAUACCAGCGUAGGAUCGGUCAACCAAAGGCUGGAUUCACCAAGAGUCACAAGUUCAUCAACGUCACCCAGCUGAGCCCAAACAUCGACUCGUCUUAUUCUCCUAAGGACCCGACAUACAAUGUCCGUUUCCUUAGUGGAACUGUCAAGUUUGUCGAGUUGAUCAUCUCCAAACCGGAAUAA